UUGACUCCUCGAUCCUGUCAUGAGUAUGAGGAAGGUCUACUUGCUUUCCGUAGAGGUUGCCUGCAAGCUCCCAAUGAAGUAUCUAUAUGGACAAAAUUUUGUGAAGUAGAACUUAUCAACACAGUCAAAGAGUUAUUUAACAUAACUAGCUUGAGGGAGGUACCAAAAAGUUUAGUGAGGUUUGAAAAUCAUUUGAAUAAACCUGUGAGAAUUCACAACAUAUUUAAAGUAGCUAAUGAUCUGAGCAAGGAUAGCUCUGAAAGUAUAGAAAAUGUUGACAAAAUUCAAAAAAAGAAAUCACAAAAAGAUUCUAGAGUUUCAAAGCAGCGGAAGUGGAAAUCAAAUGUAAAGGAUGAUCAAACUAAGGUGAAUUGCCUCAAGAGAGAAGAUCUUGAUAUACAUCACCAAUAUGCCGAGGGACCAUUUUUUACUUUAGCCGACUUGGUAUUACUACCUUCAUACUACAUUAUUAGACAGUUUUUUGGGGAAAAACUUUUCCAAACCCUAUUACCACUGUCACAUAAAUGGUUUUUAAAUGUGAAAAAUGUAAAAGAAGUUGAUGAAUUGUAUAAUUUCUUAAGUACAAUUCAAAUUCAGCCGCUUGAAAUUGGUCAAAUUAAUUUUCCAGAUGUAGAGGAUGUUAGUCUAUAUAAAUCAGAUCCUAAGAGACACAAUCCUAAAAAAAGAUUGUUUACCAAACCUGAUGACAUUGAGAAAGCAUUAAAUGUUUUAGUAGAAGGCAUGGAACUGGAUAUAAGUAAUCUAGAAUUUGAGAAAACAUUUGAUUGGGAAGACAUACCUGAUGGUGCAAAUCCUGAGGCCGGCCAUUUGCCUGAUGAACGAGUGGAACGGAAAUCACAGCAACUACAAAAUCUUACCCUUGCUGUGCUCGAUAUGGCAAAGGAUGGGGAUCAUAUUGUUGAUUUCUGCAGUGGAAGCGGUCAUUUGGGUAUACUGAUUGCACACCUCUUACCAAAAUGCACAAUAAUUUUACUUGAAAAUAAAGAGCAGUCUCUAUUAAGAGCUCGAGACAGAGUCCACGAAAUGGGACUAAAGAAUGUUUACUUUUUCCAAUGCAAUUUGGAUUUCUUUAUCGGAAAAUUUGAUAUCGGCGUCGCGUUACAUGCAUGCGGUAUAGCCAGUGAUUUGGUUUUGGACAAAUGUUUGAAAUCCAAAGCUAAGUUCGUGUUAUGUCCUUGCUGCUAUGGUUCAAUUCACGCUACUGAUAGGCUGGUGUAUCCAAGAAGUGCUGCAUUUAAAGAAAUGAGUAUUGAACAAUACUUAUGUAUCGGUCACACCGCUGAUCAAACACACAAAGAACAUCCGCUUACAAUAAGAGGAGCAAGGUGUAUGGCAGUUAUUGAUUCUGACCGAGCCAGGCUAGCUGAAGAACAUGGCUAUAAAGUAACACUAUCAAGACUUAAACCACUAUCUUGUACUCCUAAGAAUAAUCUACUUAUUGGUGUACCUAUAUAA